UAAUAAAACCGCAUGAAUCCUCCGUCUCAAAACACUGACACAUACACACUAUCUUGCAAACAUCUGCAACUGAGGACUCUACAAACAUGUCUUUCUUUAAAGGAGUUUUGGGUAAUAAAGCGGCAGAGUCAUUUGUCGACCAGGCUGUGGACAAAGCAGCUUCUGCAGCUAAAAGAAAAGUGAAGGAAACACUUACUGGAAAGAAACAGGAAACUGAUAAGACCGGUGGCAUGGGAGGUCUUUUCCCAAGUAGUGAGGAGAAGGAAAAGAAACCAAAGGAAAAGUCAGGAGGAUUUUUUGGGGGCCUCCUUAAAGCAGAAGGACCAGGGGAGAGCAGCGGCGGAGGAGACUUUGGUGCUGGAGCAGACAACAGUGGUGAAGACGGCAGUUUCAACGAUGCACUGGAUGACCUUGCUAAUGAGCUGAACUGAUGUUCAGACAGCUAGGAAAAAUCUCUCUGGCUGAGUUCUUCAGCUGGAGACCUCUCUUACAUCAGCACCAAGUGUCAUGGACUAAAACAAUACCAGAAGAUAUUCAUUUGUUACCAAUGUAAAUAGUUUUAAACAGAUGUCUCUUUAAUAUAUCUUAUGUACAACCACUAAAAAAUUACUAGAAAUUACAUUUGUGUUAGAGAUUGUUUAAAUAAGUUUAUUUGCUUUUGUUUUCAAAACUGUGCGAUUGAAUACAUGUUGAGCGAAUAAAGCUAAAUAA